GCAUUCUUGAAUUAGGUGUGCAGCAGGCUGAACUAGGACUUUGAGUGCUGCUACAGGUGCUAGAGUUGCACCAGUGGGCAAAAAGUCUCCAAGUGAGCUAAUGUAGACUUUGCUUAAGAAUCAUUAACUAAAUCCCUGUUUCUUUCCAUGGGAGCUCCAGCUAAAGUCACGUGACCUGGUGUAAAACAAGAUCAUUACCUAUCAGCGCAAACAUAUGGCGAGUGUGGUCAUGUUAUUACUUAUCUCCAAGAGCGCAAGGGGGCUGUGACAUUUCAAGCAAAGCCUAUUGGUGAGGGCGUUUCUGUGUGAUCUUUCUUAAAGAAGUGCUUCCUUUUUAAUCUUAGUACUGCAUGGGAAAGUAUACCCAACACUUUUCUCUGAGACCAGAAGAUUUACAUAGUUCUUCUGCUUCGAUGGAAAGGGAAGAAAUGCUGAUACAACAUUCUGUUAUGGCUGUAAGCUUUGCAUUUAUCUGUACUUUGGAAAGUUAGUUUCCUGUCUUCUGAGAUGCAUUUCUCGGAAAAGGAUGGUUUUGAAGAUGACUUUAGUAGAAGAGUUGUUGCUGCCCAUGAAAGGGUUCCUUCUGGAAUCUUGUCUCAGACUAUGAACUACGUAGGACAACUUGCGGGACAAGUGCUGGUUACUGUGAAGGAGCUGUACAAAGGUAUUAAUCAGGCCACCCUUUCAGGAUGCAUUGAUGUCAUUGUGGUCCGGCAACAGGAUGGUACAUUCCAGUGUUCUCCUUUUCAUGUCCGAUUUGGGAAGCUUGGUGUACUGCGCUCUAAAGAAAAAGUGAUUGAUAUAGAAAUUAACGGCGAUGCUGUUGAUCUUCAUAUGAAACUGGGUGACAAUGGGGAAGCUUUCUUUGUACAAGAAACUGAGGAAGAAAAUGAAAAAGUUCCUGCAUAUUUGGCAACAUCUCCAAUACCCACUGAAGACCAGUUUUUUAAAGACACUGACAAUCAUUUGAAAUCAGGUGAAAAUGAGAGGACAUGUGCAAACUCUGAAAUUCCACACUCUGUGGAAACAGAGAUAGUAUUCACCCCAGGUUCUGUGAAAAAGAAAAAAAGAAGAAGAAAGAAAUACAAACAAGAUAGCAGGAAGGAAGAUCAGAUAUCUUCUACUGGGACGGAAGAGAUUUUUGAAAUGGAAAUAAGCUCAGAUGAUGAAAAAAGUGUUCAACCCCUAAGAGGAUCCUCAAAUUCAUCACCUAAAGGUGAAGAACAAAAAGAAUCUUUGAUUUAUCACUCAAAGGAUCAUUACCCCUUAUCCGAUGGAGACUGGUCCCCCCGGGAGAACCCUUUCUCUGAGCCAGUCUGCCCGAAAAGUGAUUCAGAACUAGAAGUUAAACCUGCUGAAAGCUUGCUCAGAUCUGAAUCUCACAUGGAAUGGACAUGGGGAGGAUUCCCAGAAUCAACCAAGAUAAGCAAGAAAGAGAAACUGGAUCAUCCCAGAACAGCUACCAUUACUCCAUCAGAGAAGACUCAUUUUAGGGUCAUCCUCAGCUCUGAUGAAGUUGAAGAUGAUGAUGAUGUGAAAGAUUCUGUCUGUACAGUACUGAAACCUGAGCCGAGAACUCAUCCUCUGCUUAAGCAGGUGGAUGUUAAAGAUUCUCUUGCUUCUGCAAUCACAGAACCGCAAGACCCAUUUCCAUUAGAUGCUGAUCAUCAUUCCAGACUGUUGGUGGACCCUUUACCAGAAACAAAGCCAACAGCAAAAACUGACUCUCCUUCAAAAAAGAAAGGGGUGCACAAACGAAGUCAUCAUCAGGGGCCUGACGAUAUUUACUUGGAGGACCUAAAGGCUUUGGAACCUGAAGUUGCAGCACUCUACUUUCCCAAAAGUGAUUCUGAUCCAGGCUUCAGACAGUGGACAGAGUCAGAUACCCUUUCCGGUUCGCAGUCACCCCAAUCAGUAGGAAGUGCCGCUGCUGACAGCGGUACAGAGUGCAUGUCUGACUCUGCUAUGGACUUGCCUGAUGUCACACUUUCGCUUUGUGGAGGUCUCAAUGAAAAUGGAGAGAUUUCUAAAGAAAAAUUCAUGGAACAUAUUAUUACUUAUCAUGAAUUUGCUGAAAACCCUGGACUCAUAGACAAUCCUAAUUUGGUAAUAAGGAUUUAUAACAGGUAUUAUAACUGGGCAUUGGCUGCUCCAAUGAUCCUGAGUCUGCAGGUGUUUCAGAAGAGCUUGCCUAAGGCUACUGUUGAGUCUUGGGUCAAAGAAAAGAUGCCAAAGAAGUCUGGAAGGUGGUGGUUCUGGCGCAAGAGAGAAAGCAUGACUAAACAGAUACCAGAGGCAAAAGAGGGGAAAACUGAGACGCAAAGAGCAAACGAACUGCCAGCAACUAUAAAAGAGCAAGUUAAUAGUAGACCUCCAGAAGAUGAUUCUUCUAGUGAUGAAGCAUCACAGGAGUUGAAGGAAUCCCUGAAAAUAGAUUCUGCCCCAGUAGAGCAUCCAACCCAUGGGAACAUUACAUCUUAUAAGAAGUCACUUAGACUGUCUUCGGACCAAAUAGCAAAGUUGAAGCUCAGAGAUGGCCCUAAUGAUGUUGUAUUUAGUAUUACAACCCAGUAUCAAGGGACUUGCCGUUGUGCAGGAACAAUAUAUCUCUGGAACUGGAAUGAUAAAAUCAUCAUAUCAGACAUUGAUGGAACAAUAACCAAGUCUGAUGCUUUAGGACAUAUCCUCCCUCAUCUUGGCAAGGACUGGACUCAUCAGGGCAUUGCAAAACUCUAUCAUUCCAUAAAUGAAAAUGGCUACAAGUUUCUGUACUGUUCUGCCCGUGCCAUUGGGAUGGCAGAUAUGACCAGAGGAUACCUACACUGGGUGAAUGACAAAGGAACAAUUCUCCCCAGGGGCCCUCUCAUGUUGUCCCCCAGCAGUUUGUUUUCAGCCUUUCAUAGGGAAGUGAUAGAAAAGAAGCCUGAAAAGUUCAAAAUCGAAUGUUUGAAUGAUAUCAAGAAUUUGUUUGCUCCCAGUAAACAGCCUUUCUAUGCUGCUUUUGGAAACAGGCCCAAUGAUGUAUAUGCCUACAUGCAAGUGGGAGUUCCAGACUGCAGAAUAUUUACUGUGAAUCCAAAGGGUGAACUGAUCCAAGAACGGACUAAGGGAAACAAAUCUUCGUAUUACAGGCUAAGUGAGCUUGUGGAAUAUGUGUUCCCACUGCUUAAUAAAGAACAGAGUUCUGCAUUUCCGUGCCCAGAAUUCAGCUCCUUCUGCUAUUGGAGAGAGCCUCUUCCUGACCUUAACAUGGACGACCUGGCCUGAAAAACACUUCUCACCUAGAGAUGGAAUUUCAUAUUCAGCUACUCAACUUCAGUUUAAAUGUGAAGAACUUUCUUAACGAAGAUGCUAAUUUAUAUCCUGGUACCAUAAGUCUUACUAAAGAAAUCACUUUAACUCCGUUGGUUUAAAACAAAGAAAAUGCAAAGCUACUGUCUUUUUUUUUUUUUUUUUUUUAAAGGUUUGUUUGUUUCUUUGUUGCUUGUCUUUGUAUACCUGUUCUAAGGCACUUGAGAUUGGCCUGUCAUUGGUGGUCAUGGUACCCAAGUGCUUCAGGGCAACUAAAUGCUGAGGUAAACUAUGACUUUGCAUUUUCAUCAAUACAGACCUUAUUGUAAAUGUAGAUGUUUUGUUUUGUGUUUUUUUUAAUUAGUCUUAAUACUAUAUUUUCUAAAAUGAAGCCAAAAAGUGUAUGGAAACUGCCAAAUAGAAUGUCAGACCUACUAAUAAGAAGCGUCGUCUAAUGUUUAGAUGGGUAAUUAGGCCAUUUUUGAAAGGAGCCAGAACCUAAGACCAGUGUGCUCUUUCCCAGCUAAAAUACAGCAAAUGUGUAGACGUUACUAGCCUGACAGACUCUGAAGACAUAAAAUUCCUCUUUAAAUGUAAAUAUGCCUUUUGUCACAUGUACAAGGCUGUGCUUGUACAACUCACGCUCAGACUAACUCUGCUUACUACUUUUUUUACAUGCAAUGUUUCAACUAUUUCAUGAGCUUGUUAAAACUGAAAGGUGUCUUCAGAUACUUGUAUGGCUUUUGUUGUUUUCAGGCUGCACUUUGUCACGUUCAAUUUCCAUCAAGAAAAAUCUUGAACAUUUCUGUAAGAGUUGGGGAGCUGGCAUUUUUAUUUCCAACACAGAGAUGAUGCAUAUGUGUGUAUAUGCUGUGUAGGCCAGUAAAAAGUAUGUACAGAUUAUAUUCAGGGAAUUGUAAUACUAAAAAAAUUAUGUAUUUAAUUUUUUAAUUGUCUACUGCAGGUCUUUCCAGAAUUCUGUAUUGCAGGUUUUCAGUAGCUGGAAGGAAAUGCAGCUCAAUAAUGAGAUUCCAGGUAUGAGAAUGGUUAAAUACUGCAGAGCAGAAUAAAACCUUUUUGUUUUUGGUUU